GAGUGAGGGAGAUAUUAUAGUUGAACUGUGUUACGUUUUAGUUGUUAUUAUGUGGUGCAAUUAGUCUGAUGCAUAUAAGGUUGUCUGUGCAGAACUAGGGUAGCACAGAAGAUGUUAACAAGUCUGAGAGAUCCAGUGCAUAUUGCUUAUACUAUUAGAAGACUUAUGUACAUCACUGUGCCACUGCUGAAGAAUGCUAAUGGCGGUUAUGUCAUUCAACAGUGCGUGAGAGUUUUCACAGAAUCGUGUCAAAAGGUUAUUUUCGAUGAAAUAGCAAGGAAUUGUGUAGAUGUUGCAACAGACAAAAAGGGGUGUUCUGUAAUUCAGAAAUGUAUGGCCCAUGGCGCGGGAGUCCCCAUACUGUUACUAGUUAAAAGCAUAAUAUUAAACUCAGGAAUACUCUCAGCAGAUCCAUUUGGAAACUAUGUGGUGCAGUAUAUAAUUAAAAGGAAUAUACUAGAGCCACCUGUAACUAAAAUGAUAGUACAACAUCUUCGCGGUCGCUAUGCUGAACUCUCUAUGAACAGGCAUGCGAGCCAUGUAAUAGAGGUAUUGUUUAGACAUUCUGACCCCACCGAUGUUGCCAUUAUAAUUAUGGAGCUCGUCAACAGCCCCGACUUUGUCAAUCUCCUUCGACAUUAUUAUGGGAAUUAUGUUGCUCAGAGAGCAUUGCAAUUUUCCACGGGCGUUACGCAUAGAACGCUUGUACAUAGAAUUUUGUCAAAUUACGCAUAUCUGCAUGCCCAUCCCUACGGUAAAAGGGUCCUAACAUAUAUCAAAGGAAUCAGGCGGGGUGGGUAAGGAAUGGAUUUAUAAUGUACCACAUGUAUGUUGUGUUUAGAGUGCGUUUGGCUUUAAAAGUUUUUUUUUUGAGAUAUUAACUUAUGAAAAGUAAUAAUAUUCAUGUCUGAUGUAAUUUUUAAAAUUAAA